AUAGUGAUUAUUUUAAAGGAAACGCGGGAUAAACGAUCAUUAAAGCACGCUCAGCGUUAAUAUCUGGCGGAGAUGUCAGGCAUUAGUCCGAUUAGAUGUGGUGGGCAGGAGCGCGGGGAGACCCGUCAGGCGAGCAGCGCACUGAGGAGAAGAGUGAAGUGGUGAAUGGCUGAACUUAAGCGCUCUGCUGUCAGCCAGCGACGCGGGAGUCGUGCGUAAACACACCGGUGCGCCUGGAACUCCGCGAAGAGGGACACAAGUUGGGGACGCGCGAACUGCUAAACGCUCGUUACCGGCGCUGCGCUUCGGGUAACAUGCCUGCCAUCAAAAAGGAGAGACUGGAUGGAGAAGACAUGGCAUUAGCCGCCUUCAACCAACCCGAAUACCUGGCCCCUUUAAAUGCCACCGCUAUCCCCGUGGUGACCCCUCAUCCGCCGCCGUACGAUCACAUUUUCGCCCAUCACCAGCGCGCGUACUUGGGCUUUCGCGACGCCGCGCUGCAUCAGCAGCACCUUCACCACCACUCAGACGACUUCAUGCUGGAGAGCUUCUCGUCUAUCCCGGACUUUCAGCCGUUUUUCGACAACGGGGAGCCUUGUAUCGAAGUGGAAUGCGGGGAAAACAAAGCGCUACUGUACAUUAACAAACUGUGCCAGGGCAGCAAAGGGCCCUCCAUCAAAUACCGGGCUGAGUGGCUCACCCCAAACGAGUUCCAGUUCGUGAGUGGAAGAGAGACAGCCAAAGACUGGAAACGGAGCAUUAGGCACAAAGGGAAAAGUCUGAAGACACUUAUGUCCAAAGGAAUCCUACAAGUACAUCCUCCAAUCUGUGACUGCCCUGGCUGCAGAAUUUCAUCUCCUGUGAACCGUGGGCGACUGGCAGAGAAACGCACCAUCCCCUUGCCGCCAACACGGGUGCCCAAAAAGGAGUUGUCCUCCGUUUUCAGCAGUGACGACAGUGAGGGCAGCGAGCGGGCCAGCGGAGAUCAUGCAGACAUCAAACAGGAAGAGCUGCAUUACACUAUCAUGAGAAAGAGUCGUGACAGUGACCUCUCAACGAUCAUCUCCAACCUGCACCACACCCGACAGCACGGCAUGCCCGAGGGCCAGCCCUGCUCCGACCUCAGCCUCACCUCCGUACACUCAGAUGACAUUCUAGGCAAGAGGAGAGCCUACUCCCCCAACAGCAGCAGCGAGUGCCCAUCUGACAGCAAGAAGUCCCGCAGCGUGUCACCUAAAGAGAACUCUCACACGCCUGCACUGGAGCCGGGCAGUCACAUGACCCCCGAGGAGCACUACAGGCGCAUGAUGUCAGCUCUGAACGAGCAUGGCUCUUUUGAGGAGCAGCAGCAGCGCCUGUACCAGCUGGCGAACAACAUGGGCGUCCCGAGUCACGAGCUGCUGCGUGCACGUCAGGAAGCCAUGGCUGUUAGGAACCCGGGAGGAAUGGAAGCCCACGUCCCCACUGCAGGCAGUUCCUCCAGCCAGCGGCGCAAGCAAGGCCUUCCCCAACACAGAGACGCACACUUCCCUGAACGAGACAUAUCGCACCCUCCUCCAUUGCUGUCCCCGCAGAAUGCUCCUCACAUUGCUCUGGGGCCUCACCUGCGUCCCCCGUUCCUGGGCAUGCCUUCUGCCCUCUGCCAAGCCCCAGGUUAUGGUUUCCUGCAGCCGGCUCAGGCUGAGAUGUUCGCCCGUCAACAGGAGAUUCUUCGUAAACAGAACCUUGCUAGGUUGGAAAUGUCUGCUGAACUGUUGAGACAGAAGGAGUUAGAAAACCUCCACAGGCAGCGACUGCUGGCGGACCCGCUGGGCCUGCAUCCUGGGCUCCCUGCAGAACACCCUGCCUUGCGCAGCCUGCAAGAAAUCCCAGAGGGCCACCCACUCCGAGAAGAGCUCAAUCGCCGCAACGCCAUGCUGGUUUUGCGGCACAACAACACCCCAUUACUCUCCCUCAACCACCAGGGGGCGGCAGCAGGAACUUCCUCUAAAGACCUUAGCAACAGGAAGAGCUUGAGGAAAGGAGGACCACUCAGAGGGGACCAACAAGGGGGUUCAUCUGAGACUAAAGAGAUGCUUGGGGAAGGCUGUGCAAGGGAUGGAGAAAUAGAGGGACAGGAUGAAGACAUGAAAGACUUUGAAAAUGAUGCAGAGGUUGGGGAAGAUAGGCCUGAGAGGCUUUCCAAAGUUGACGGACAUGGUUCAGAGGUGUGUCAAGGCAAGGAUGUGACCAAGUCUAGCGAAACGGUGAAAGAGCUGGGGGAGGGGUCAGGAAGACUCAGUGCUCCUUGUAGCUCCACUGGCCAAGAGUCACCAACCCACCACCUCUUCACAUCAGGACUAAGCAAGAGCGAGGCCAAAUACCUGCCACCGGGAAUCCCACCCUUACCCACCUUGCCUGGACAAGCUCUGCCCUUCACCUUUCCAUACACCAGCCCUUACUUUCACACUGGCGCCAUGGGAGGUCUUUUCGUGGACGGAGAAGAGGCGGGAGCAGCCGAGGACAUCAGCAAGUGGAGUGUGGAGGAGGUGUGCAGCUUCAUCAGCAGCCUAGCAGGCUGUGGGGAGUAUACACAGGUCUUCAGAGAGCAGGCCAUUGAUGGUGAGACUCUGCCACUGCUGACGGAGGACCAUUUGCUCAACAACAUGGGAUUGAAAUUAGGACCUGCCCUCAAGAUCCGCUCUCAGGUGGCGCGACGUAUUGGCAGAAUAUUCUACAUGACCAGCUUCCCGCUGGCCCUCCCGCUGCCGCCAUCUGCUCUGCGCCCCACAGACAGAGACCCCCUGCCCACCGAGACCCGCCCUCCUUCUACCGGCAGCACUUCCUCCCCAUUCAGCGUGCCCCCUCCUGCCUGCCGCGCCUCCCCCAAACAGGAGAACGGAAACCCCUCCUCAGCGGGAGCUUACGACUCCACUAAACCUCCCUCGUAGAAUUGGCCAUUAAAACUCUUGACUGCUUCUCCAUAUGGCAGAGGCAGUGCUUCAGGGAGGAGGUAAAAAACGGAGAGAGAGGGCAUGAAGGGGGCCCUCUUUGAACUAUUCUUUCCUUCCUCUUACCCCCUCUACCCCCCUCCCGAAAUCAAAAGCAAACUUGAGGACCUUUAUGCAGAGGCACUUAAUCUUUUUAGGAAAAGUGUGGAGAAAUGUGCAGAAAGACGAGAGACACUGAUGAAACGACAUGGGCUAAAGCAGCUCCACCCUUUGCAGCGGCUGUGUGGAAGCCAAAAUCCAAAGAUGUGCAAAUAGGGACUUGGGGACGAGACAGGAAGCGUUAGAGUGUGCGAGAGAUGAACACGAGCAGACAGCUGCUCUUAAACGGCAUGCCAGAAGGAAGUGAGACGCAUCCAGCGAAUGUACGAGGUACACAUACGACAUUCUUUUGUGUCAGAUGUUGCAGGAAAGCAACAUUCGCUGCGAUGAACUCUUGCGGUACCUUACAUUCUCGGGGAGCGGUGAACUUCGAAAGAGAGACGCUUUCUUUUCUGCUUUCACGCCAACUCCUCCUCCUCCUCCAACUUCCAGCCGUUUUAAAUUCUCUGGAGUUGGUUUCACUUCGAAAGACUAAAUCCUCCAAAGAGGAGUAAAUAUAAGAACAGGAUGGAACUCAUUUGCAGUCUUGACCAGUGCAACUAUGCAUUCCACAGUCCAAAACCAAAGAUGGAUGGAUGUGGAAUUUUCAAACGAGAUCUCGCAUUGAUCUCACCAGUGAUGAAACAAGGUACACAUAAAGGAAGUGAAAUGGAAAAGGACCUCAAAAAGAGAGAGGCGUGUAAAGCACUUAAGACUUCCUGUGACCAAAAGCCAUCAGCCAAAGCAAUGGCCCAAACUCUCACCCAACAAACAUCUGGGCCCGUUUUAGUUUCACAACCCCGUGAGCAUUAGGGAAGGAUGGACAUCCCUCCUGAUGCCUUGUCCAUAGAUGGAUUAAUGCCAUUGUGAGGUCACACUUACUGCUGUGGGAAAGACAUGUUAUCCUGAAUUGUACAGAAACAUGCUCAAGAUGAGAAUAUACUGAAGAUGAAAUAAGUGGUACGUUUUGUUAAAUGUAGUUGCACGAGUUAAAAAUCUUUAUUAACUGAACAAAAUGUGACUGGCUGACUCGGUGGUACUUUUGUUCAUCUUUUUCUGUUUGCUGUGUAUUCCAGUUGUAAUAAUCAUGAGCCCCAAUCUUAAAUGCCACUUCAGCAUAUAAAUGAGAAAAAAAAAUAUUUAUAGGAAUUUGUUUGCUGUAGUUAGAGCAACGAAAUAUUAAAUUGUCCUUAAAUUGAUCCCAAAGAACAAUACUUUUCUCUUUGUUGCAGGGAAAUGGAAGGCACAAAGCUCUUUAUGCAAAUCUUUGAAAUUGUUUUUCUUUUUAAAUAUGUAAGCAAUUAAUUAAAAUCGUCUCUAGAUUUCCCAUCAAUGUUUUGUCUUCAUCCUAUUUUUCUAUUCUCUGCUGGGUGAAAUAAAUCCUAUUGCAAACUUGCAGAUGCAUUGUACUUUUUUUUUUUUUUUUUUUGUCUUUGAGUAAUAUGUUUAUUUCCAAACUCCUCCGCAGUAGGGCAGGGAGUGGCGGCCCCAGCGGACGGUAAAUCCCCUGGUUAGGGGAGGAGAGGGGGCAGGGUUCAGGUCAACAACAGCUGUCAGAGCGUCAGGUUCAGUCACAGGCCAGGGCCCCUGUGGCCCCCGCCUAACCUAAAGAACAACUGACUCUCAGGGACGUCCGCCAUCCGCCCCUUAAAAAAAAAUCUUUUUACUACACCCGUGACUGUCAGCGCCAGGUGCUGCAUGUGAUAGACGAGUAAACCUGUUACCCAGACCCUGUUACACAGGCAUGAUGCGUGCGGCAGCUCUAGUGCAAACUGAAUUUACUCUAAUGCAGCCCAGCUGACGCUCAGUCACGGUGGCCUGAAUUUAACGUUGCUUGAUGUUCUGAACGGCACCUCAAGCUGGCAGUGAUGGAAAGAACAGAACGCAAGAUAUGUGUGCUCACACUCCCAUUAUGCAACAGGAAAGAUGCUUCAGCCAUAAACAACAGCUGUUACACCCAGUUGUGAGCAUAAGAAAGGAUGAUUUAAAAAAAUGGUAUUACCUUUUACUGACCCUUUAAAUUGUUUUAAACCUUUGGCUUGCUUUAAUGAACAACCAUUAAGAGCAAGAACAGACCAAUUCCUAAACAAAUUGACUAGUGAACUGUGACAACGCAUCAAAAAAAAUGUUGAAAGUAAACAAGGAUACAUUUCAUUUUUUUUUACUAUUCCAGUAGAGUAGUCAUUCCUAACCAAUUUCCUACAGCACCACUAGAGCUGUGUGGAGUGUUGGCAGCUUAAACGCUGCUUUAAAACAUUUAGAAAAAGCCAAGCGGUUUCAGAAAGUGACGUGAAAGCACUGAAGGGGAGAGAUGUUUUGGCGAGAGAACAGGCUGCUCUCUGUUUUCGUCUCUUCCUCUCUCCCCACCUGGGCAGCACAGCCUGGC